GAAAGCUCCACACAAACAAGCAUGACAGGCAACAAGAGGAGAGCAGUUGACUUUAUAGAGGUGCUGCUUCUGUCAAAGGAUGAGAACGGAGAAGGCCUGUCAAAUGAAGAGAUUAAAGCACAAGCAGACACGUUCAUGUUUGCAGGUCAUGACACAACGGCGAGUGCGAUCUCUUGGGUUCUGUAUAAUCUGGCCAUGCACCAGGAGUACCAAGACCGCUGUCGUUCUGAGAUCAACGCUCUUCUUGAAGGCAGAGACACUGAGGAGCUCAUGUGGGAAGACCUCAGUAACCUGACCUUCACCACCAUGUGCAUAAAGGAAAGCAUGAGGCUUCAUCCACCUGUGUUGGCUUUAACCCGAUACUACUCUCAGGAUAUGAAUGUUCCUGGGGGACGCACCCUACCAGAAGGAGAUAUCUGUCUGAUCAGUGUUUAUGGCACCCAUCAUAAUCCAGAUGUGUGGCCUAAUCCAGAGGUGUAUGACCCCAUGCGGUUUGACCUAGACAACCAGAAACAACGCUCCCCAUAUGCUUUUGUUCCAUUUUCUGCUGGACCAAGGAAUUGUAUCGGUCAGAACUUUGCCAUGGCGGAGAUCCGUGUGGUUCUGGCACUUACUCUCAGAAGAUUCAGGGUUCUUCCAGGGUCCAGAUCUCCAAGCCGUCUUUAUAUGCUCACAAUGAGAGCAGAGGGGGGGCUGCCUCUAACACUGGAACCCGUGUCACCAGCACAAAGCUGAAACACACACACACACACACACACACACACACACAUACACACACACACACACACACACACACACACACACACACACACACACACACACACACACACACACACAAGGCUGUAGCCUUGUAACAUUAUACCAAUUCACACAGCAACAAAUAUGUGGUCCUACAUUUUGUCCUUAUUUUCAUUACUAAGUGAGACACAAAUUUACUUACCUUUUUUUAUCAGGUAUAUCGAACAGAAACAUAUGAGUGGAGCUAGAGAUGCAGGUUAUUCAUUGGUCAACAUCUAUGCACAAAAGUCAUCCUCGAAAACUGUCAGAAAUUGUCAGUAAAUAUCAGCACCAUUCUCUGGUUAUGUACAGUAGAACCUUUCCCUAUUGAAAUGUUGUUGUUUUUCCACUUCUAGGUUUCAGAUUUUUUCAUAUUGUUAUAUAUGAAUGCAUUGAAUAUUGUUUUUCUUUUCACUGAGAUCCAUGUAUUGGCUUUGUUUUGGUCUUUCGCUGUUGGGUCUCUGCUCAUUUUAAUACCGUGGCUCCUUAUAUACCAUAUAUAUGUGAAAUACCUAUGCCAUAAUAUAAUAGAUUCUGCAUUUUAUAUAGUGCAUUAUAAAGGGCCUGUUGGGAUUCUUUUUCCUUUGACUGUGCUGGACUCCAGGCAUCCUGUACCCCUGCUGUAGAAGCCUAUGUGUGUACUAGACCUUUCAAAUCUCCUAAACAGCUGUAUUUGAAUUAUAAUUCUUUUUAGUAAUGAAAUCAUUACUCAGCCAAUAAUUGUAUACAUUUUAAACAUUAGCCAUAAUGCUAAAGCAUGUAUUUAGGUUACAUAAACCAUAGAAGGUACCACAAGGAGGUAUUAUCAUAAUUUUAUUAUAAUAUAUCAGAUUUGUAUUUAUUUUAGACAUGCACCGAUACUAAAUUUCUCAUCCGAUUCCAAAAACCGAUUAUUCAGAGAGAUAUCGGCCGAUACCGAUAGUUCUGCCUUCUAUGCCUUCUUUUCAAUGAAUAAUAAUUAAUUCUACAAUUCUGAAGGAAAUGCAAAUAAAAACUUUAUUCUCUCCAUUUCAACAAGUUGUUUCAGAGUAACUGGUCUUAUAAACAGAAAACACACUACUCUAAUUAACAUUAACACAUGAACUCAAUUCUGAAGCUUAAAGUAAGAUUUCUCAACAUAUUGAAUGUUAUUAAUUCAUAUAAACAUUGACUGAAUUCUAAAAGACCUCCUGUUAGUCUCACAUUCACUCUCCACAAACAAAAGCAUUUCUACUCCAUCACUGAACAUCAAACUGGUAAUAUAUAAUAUCAACUUUUUUAUAUAUUAACAUUAACUGGUUAUGAAAUAUACUACUCUACAAAUAUAUUUUUCUGUGCAAUAUAUACCUUUUUUGUCAACCCAUCUUCAUUUAAAUCUUCCAAUGGUGUACUGGCGAUUACUGUCCGAUACAUCGGUGCAUCGAUAAUUUAUUUAUUUAUUUACACCCAUAAUGUUUUCUUGGUGAUUAUAUUUAGCUGGAGUUAUUACAUGACCCAAAUAUCCAACAGCUUUGAUUUGUCUUUACACAGGAAUAUAUUUUGUUAUUAUGAUUAUUAUUGUUAUUAUUAUUGUUAUUGUUAUUAUUAUUAUUAUUUAUUUAUUUUUUUCUUCAAGCCAGUGCACAGAAUAGCAAAUGUCUUCCUAUUCACUAUGUAAUCUAUGACGUACAUUAUAGAUUAGAUUAUUACAUAAUGGCGUUAUCAUAUCUAUGUAAUGCACUAUAUGACCAUUUAGGAUUCGACCACUGAGCAAUUGUGAUUCCAGUAAGGUUAUGUGUAUAUAAUAUCACAUUUAUUAUCUUUCCUUUUUUAUAUAAAUAAAAUUAUAUGUCAUUUAUAUUGAUAUACUGUACAUGGAUAAUUUUAUACAUAGUUCUAUGAUACAUGAUUUUAGAAAUUGAAAACAUAUUAUUACUUUAAGUGAUGUGUCAAUUGAAAACCCUUAAAUGGGUCACUUGCCUUCCUUCAUACACUUAAAUGUGGCGCAUUCAUGUGUAUGGUGACCCAAAAGAGAUUACAUGCAGUUUUAUGUCCUCCUUCCUACUGCUAUUGCUUGUUGACAAAUAAACUAGACAUUACUUCAUGGUUUUA